GCAAGUUGCUUCCUUCCUUCCUGUCGAAUGUCGAUUCUUCUGACUAUCAAUUAUUAAUUCCCACUUUCCACUCUUUACCCAAUCAUGGUUGGCCGAGGUUUGAGUUUGACUAUUCAGAAACGUGGUAAUUGUAGACUCCACUAGUUUUCUCUCUUCAUACUCCGUUGAAUAGUUGACAAUCAAAUCUGCAAGGGGAUCCUCAAUAUGCAGAGAGCAGAUAUGCUUGCUUGAACCUCAGCCAUGGUCAGUGCAAGGCUUCCCUUCCAUUUCCCAGAUGGGUUGAUCCCCUACUCAGCAUUUCUCUUGCUGCUGCUACUUGCCCAAACUUGCCAGGCAGCUACUGCAGAUGGAGGAACCUGCAGUCCUUCCUCCUGCGGCGAAAUCCCUGAAAUCAAGGACCCUUUUCGCCUGACAACUGAUCCACAAAGCUGCGGAAACCAAAAAUACAACCUCUCAUGUGAGAGCAACACAGCGGUGCUUUACAUCGAGUCAGCAAGAUACUACGUUAAAGCAAUAAACUACAAGAACUUAACAAUCAGGUUGGUCAACGACGGUAUAGUCGAUGGCCAAUGCUCUUCCUUGCCCACCAGCCCUCUGUCGGAAAACAGCUUCUACUUCCUCGAUCCAUACAUAGCAACAAGGGACAGACAGAGGUUCUUGUCCAAGAGGGAAGAGCACUUGAAUGAAGUGAUGACUCUGUUCAGCUGCCAGGGUACUCUCAGCAGUUCUGCAGGAUUGGUGGAAACAGCUCCAUGCAUCAGUGGAGUGAACAAUUCUUCGGGUUAUGCAGUUUUUGGUGGUACAAUGGAUGCUCUCAGCUUGGGGAAGAUGUGCAGGGUUGAUAUGAUGGCGAUGUUGGCGAAGAAGAAGGACGGUUCUUACGACCAGGUCGGGUUUCAAGAAGUUCACCGACAGCUCGAAUAUGGGUUCGAACUCUCGUGGCAUCUGUACAAGUGCGCUGGCUGCUUAGGGGUCAAUAGUUGCUACCUUGAUAAGGACAAUAAAGUUCUCUGCUCUGGGCUAUGGGACCAAAUCAUAUUGAUUACAACAAUACUUGGAAGACUCCUAUAUAGCCUUGUGGCUCUAGCUCACGUGGCAAUGGUGCCACUGGGAACCCCGCUCGUGAUAGCAUUCCUCGUCUACAGAUGGCGAAGGAGACAUAUCUCGGCAUACGACAAGAUCGAAGAGUUCCUCCAGAACCAGAACAACCUGAUGACCCCAGUUCGUUACUCUUACUCUGACAUCAAGAAGAUCACUCGUGGCUUCAAGGACAAGCUAGGCGAAGGUGGUUUUGGUGCCGUGUACAAAGGAAAGCUUCGCAGUGGCGGGUUUGCAGCUGUGAAGAUGCUUGGCAAGUCAGCAGCUGGAGGAGGAGGUCAAGACUUCAUGAGUGAAGUUGCCACCAUUGGCAGGAUUCACCAUGCCAACGUCGUUCGACUGAUUGGUUUCUGCUCCGAAGGAUCGAAGCGUGCUCUGGUCUAUGAGUUCAUGCCCAAUGGCUCCCUCGACAAGUACGUGUUCCAUAAGCAAGGUUACGAAACUCUGAGCUUGGAGCAAAUGUACCGGAUCUCUCUCGGGGUGGCACGUGGCAUCGAGUAUUUACACUCUGGAUGUGAUAUGCAGAUUUUGCAUUUCGACAUCAAGCCACACAACAUCCUUCUGGAUGACAACUUCAGCCCCAAGGUAUCAGAUUUUGGGCUGGCGAAGCUUUAUCCAGCUGGUGACAGGGUGGCAACUCUGACUGCCAUACGUGGGACCAUAGGGUACAUGGCACCAGAGCUGUUCUACAAGAACAUUGGGGGUGUCUCUUACAAAGCAGAUGUCUAUAGCUUUGGGAUGCUGCUGUUGGAAAUGGCAGGAAAGAGGGAUAACACUGCAGUGACGGAUCAUUCUACCCAGGUUUACUUCCCCUUUUGGGUUCACGACGAGGUGUUGUUGUCAAACUCGCCUACUGAGGAUCAUGUUGUGGAUGAACAUUCUACGGAGGAGGAGAAUGUGGUUGCGAGGAAGAUGGUGAUAGUGGGGUUGUGGUGCAUUCAAACGAACCCAGUAAACCGUCCUCCAAUGAACAAAGUGGUGGAGAUGCUCGAAGGGGAGUUGGAAAGCUUGGAACUUCCUCCAAGGCCGGUUCUGUAUGCUGGAGACACUGUAACAAAGAAAGACGAAGCAUCGUCGUCAUCAUUUGCAUCGUCAGAGUAUUAUACACAGUCAUCAAUGAGUCAAAGUGAUGAAUACUAAUAAUGCAAUUCACCUGGGCUGAUGUACAUAGGAUCACCCUGAUACCAGAGAAACAUAAAAUAACUUCUAAACAAAAGGAAGAAGAUGGU